AUGAAAGGCACAUGGCCGGUAAACCCAAAUAUAUUCGAAGACCAUGACUUCUUGCCUUGCAAAACCACGGAUAUGUUAUAUGAAGAGCAACCUACUUUUGACCUAAAUUUGCAAGCUUCUCAAGUGCAACAAACAGGCUUAUCAACCACUGAUCCACUUAUGUUAACAGAAGCUUCAUUUACAAGAGCGGUAGACGCAUCAAUGCUGUCCCAUCCACUUACGUUAUCUACAACCCCUGUUUCGACAAUGAAUGAUCAAUCCACGACACCAAUUUCUUACCAGAAAUCCGAAAUGCCAAUAAAUGCAUUGAUACAAUCUACAAACCAUGUUUUAGCAAUUGACGAUGCGCCAACGCCCUCAACUUCUUUCCAUAAUUGUUCACCAUCUCAGAUUGUAGCAGUUCCCAAAGCACCACAAAAAAAGAGAGCUUCUAAGCUAUCCACAGUUGCUGUUGAAGCCGUUCUGGGUCGGACAGCAUCCUUGCCAUGUGACAUCGAGCCAGAAGCAAAGGAUGAUAGAGUUUAUAUGGUUUUGUGGUUUAGAGAGAGCGCCGGCAAACCACUUUACAGUUUUGAUGUUCGGGGGAGACCGUUUGAAAAGGCGCUCUAUUGGUCCGAUACAAAUUCAUUCGGGCCUCGAGCCUACUUUGUUACGAAUAAGCAACCUGCCAAAUUAACAGUUGACAAUAUACAGCUAGACGAUGAAGGAGUUUAUAGAUGUCGAGUGGAUUUUCAAAAUUCACCUACAAGAAAUCAUAGAAUUAAUUUAACGGUUAUUGUUCCUCCACAUCAGAUACUCGUUUACGAUGCAUCUGGGCGAGAUGUUGCUGGAGCUGUUGGCCCCCUUCUAGAAGGUGACAACAUCGUCUUGACUUGUGAAGUUCGUGGCGGACGUCCAGAGCCAACAGUAACGUGGUUUAAUGGCACACAACUUCUACAAGCCGGAUCUGGGGUAUCAAUGGCACGGCACGUGACAGUAAACCGCUUGGAGGUACCACAAAUUACGCGGUCGGCUUUGAAUAAUACUUAUAGAUGUCAGGCGUCUAAUACAAAGCUAGUGCCACCAGUUGAAAGGAGCAUACGAAUUGGGAUGUUAUUGAGACCGAUAACUGUGAACUUGACAGCUAAGCCAAAAGUUCUGUCUUCAGCAACACAAUAUAAUCUUACCUGUAUUGUUGAUGGUUCCGUACCGGAUACGGAUGUCAAAUGGACUCAAAACAAUCGACCAUUUAAACGUGGAACGAUACAAACAACACAAAAUGGUAGAAAAGUUACAUCGAUUUUAUCAUUUAAUCCAAUGCCAGAAGAUGAUGGCACAAUGCUGAGAUGUGACGGUUCAAAUCCCAGACUUCCCAAUUCAGCACUUGAAGACAAUCUUCCAUUGAAUGUCAUAUAUCCACCACAAGUGACAUUAUCACUGGGCUCAACAUUAAAGCCAGACGACAUUAAAGAGGGUGACGAUGUAUAUUUUGAAUGUCACAUCAAAGCAAACCCCAAGGAGCAUAGAAUAACAUGGUCACAUAAUGGUAUGCCUGUUACUCAAAAUGUUUCCUGGGGAGUAAUCAUUUCAACAAGAUCCUUGGUCCUUCAGAGAGUUGCUCGUUUACAUGCUGGCCUCUAUGCAUGUUCGGCUGCUAACGAUAGAGGGGAAACACAAAGUGCCUUAGUUAAUUUACGAAUAAGAUAUGCUCCAGUUUGUAGUACAACAACAGUUACAGUAGUUGGUGCAUCAAUUGAAGAAUCCGUACCAAUACCAUGUCGAGUGAAUUCAGAUCCACCGGAAAUUGAAUUUGAAUGGACAUUUUCAAGUAGUGGGGAACAUUUUGAAGUACCAUCUGGGCAUUAUGCGACAAUACAAGAAGCAACUACCACAACAACUGGUGAUAUACAUCGAACGAUAAUCGAAUCAAAUGACACCCACAUUGAGACUUAUGUUGAAACAGUCAGCGAAUUGAUUUAUACACCGAAAGGCGAACGAGACUACGGAACCCUUGCCUGUUGGGGUAGAAAUUCAAUUGGCAAACAAGUGGAGCCGUGUUUAUUUCAAGUUGUACCUGCAGCAAAACCUGGACCACCAAGGAACUGCACACUGCGACCGUAUGUUGUCACAUCAGCCUCACUGAAUUCGUCAAAUCAAACGACAAUACAUCCUAAUCAAAUGCCACCCGCAUAUGGUCGAGAAUCGAAUUACCCCCACAUGGAAUUCUUACGUGACAGCCGGGCCAAUCGCAACCGAACCAACUCCAAUACCAAUUUCAGUAAAAAGGACAACACCAUCAAUAUUAACAACACUAACAACAACAACUACAAAAGUCCUAACCUAAAAAAGAAUACCAUUACUAAGAAAUUGAAAAUAAAAAAACGAGUAUCGUUCACGCCAUCGAAUAUGAUGCCAUUGGCCAAGGACGAGGCUGAUGCAUCAAAUUCACAUCAGGACCAAGAGCAUCAUCAACAACAGAAGCAGCAGAAACAGCAAAAACAGCGUUCCACAUCAGCAGUCUUCGGCCAGAACAUAAAUAAUAGAAGUGAAAUAUACUAUCGCAGAACGAAACGUGAUACGAAACAUGACGAAGUAGCUGCUGCUGGUGCUAGAGCUGGUGCUAUGGCAUCUUCUUCUCAUAGUGGUGGCAGUAUUGUUCCACGGGACACUAGGAGCACCAGGGGCAGUAGCAAGGAUCAUCUUAAAAAUUCCAAGUCAUAUCAAAAAAUAUCCAAAUCGAAUCAGGACGUGGGUAACAUUUCUCAUUACACCAGGGCCAUCACAAGGAAGUUAAAACGGGGAGCAAGAACUAGCAGCAGUGCAGCAUCAAUUCAUCUCUCGAAGAGGCAAGUUACCUUGCCGCAGCAGCAUCCAAGUGGGGAUAGUCAUCAUCGUAUGCCAUCACCCUUAAGUGUAACCUCGGGUAAUGUAGUAUCUCAAACGAUGCACCGCCACCAGCAGCAGGAGCAGCAGCAUGCUGCACAGUUCUCUGACACUGCACCAAGAAGAGACGUUGAUAAAUUAGAUAAGAUUCGGAUACGAAAAUCACUCGAAAUAAUGCAACAGAAACAACAACAACAACAUCAGCCCAUGAAGAACUAUAAAAUUACACCGCCGGCAUUUGUGGCAUCAGUAAGUAGCGGUGGCACAAGUGGUGGCACACAAGCUGGCAGUUUAAGUAAUGCUAAGCCAAAUGGCUCAUUGGAUAACCAUACCCACAAUAAUACAAUGAGGAUUAGUAGUGCUGUUGAUGUAGAUGCUGAUGCUGAUGCUGAUGCUUCAGCUAACAAUGAGGUAGAUGACGACGAUAAGGAGGACCUCGAGGAGCCUGAGGAAUAUCAACCCAGAUUUGCCUACUCACGCAUGGAGACCUACUACAACAGUUAUGCAACGUCCAAUGGCAAUGGGAUGCACUUGGAAAAUUAUGAUAAUAUCAUCUAUUCAACAAUGGAACUUGAGUGUUUACCGGGCUAUGAUGGUGGCUUACAACAACAGUUCUUCUUAGAGGCCUACGACUCGAAGACGAAGAAACUGAGGUUAAACACUACCAGCACGUAUUCGGAUGUUCCGAUUUUUCGGAUCGAUUUGUCAGAUUUAUCACCAAUGGAAUACUACCCCGAUCCCAAUCCGGCCCUACAUCUUGUCGUCUAUAGUGUAAACCAGAAGGGGCGUUCCGAACCGAUUGUCUUGGAAAAUAUACCCAUAAACGAAGCGGAAAAACGUACAGGUAAGUCGAUUGCUUAA